AGAGGCAUGCAUACCAUUAUGAAGUGGUAGCUGGCCAACAUGUCCUAAUGGCACGGAAGGAGCUCCAUGAGGAGGCAGAACAUGGGAAGGACAGCUGUGUAUGUGCUAUCUACAUGGGAGUCGACGAAGUGGAGAAAAGGAUCCUGGCCCUCCACAACGCCAAGCUUGAAGGAGUUCCCUAUGAUGUACUUGAUGUUGAAAACCUGGAAUAUGUGAAGAGUGGGAGCGACUUCAAAAAUCUGGAGAAGAAACUGGAAGAAGUCAUCCAAAAAAUAAGCUCCUGCAAUCUUUCAUCAGGUGUCACCUUAUCAUCGCAACAUGCUGGAAUGAGUGAGGAGGAAGAGAUGGCGACAUACCGUGAUCAUGUCUCAGAUGAAGCAUUACAGCCAUUCAUGACUCUGAAGGACCUCGAGAAAUCUGGUGAGCUGUUUCACAGGACACAUACCCUGGCAAUCAUCGGUAGCAAGUGUCGUAUAUCCCUGAGCACCUCGAUUGUGACAAUGAAGGAGUUCCUGGAAGCCACAGUUGGAAAUUCACAGGGUUGGAUCUUAUGCAGUGUCAGAUGGAUUCGAACAGUUGACUUGCCUGCCCAGUUGAAAUUACUGUCAUUGGUCGAUUUGGAGUUGGGAUUGGACCCAAGAAAUAAUAGCCCUGACAUUCCUCAGGUGCAGGAAGUCAGAGACACUAUGCAAGAACCCCAGACAGAGUAG